AUGGGCGCGCAUAGCGAACACGCCCUCGGCAUCACAGAGUACGUGACACACCAUACUGGCUUCCACGCCACCAUUAAAACGCUUUUUAGUGACUUUGUCGUACAUGAAGUGGAUUCUAGCGGUCAGGUGCUGUCUCUUCGCCAGGAGCUGGAGCACGCGCCCCAGGCUUCAGCGUUCCCAGACAGUGACGCUCGGGGGCGCACCGUCACCGCCGAGUUGCCGCUAGACGCUCUUCGUGAGUGUUUUGGCGCAGUAUUUGAUGCGGAAGAAACUGACCGCAUAUUAGAGUUUGUGCAAAACCACUGGAAUCCAGCAUCAGCACCAGCGACUGCCGGGGCGACGAUCUUGACCCUCACGGUUUGCCCGGACAAGGACCGGCGCCGUGCCCGUCAUACUGCGCUGCGCGUGCUUGCACCGCGAUUUGCUUCUGUCACGAACAGUUCGAAUCAAAUCCAGGUCUAUCCAACAGACGAAGAUGGUCGUGCACUUCUUGGUUCGGACCCGGAUUCUAUUCAGGAGUCGGCUGCACGAUUGCGCGCUGCCAAACGACGCCGCGCUUGCGAUCGACGGGAGCGUUGCGCUCGUCACGGCGGCAGCUACUUGCGCUUCCUCCUCUGCAAACAGAACCUGGACACGAACGAAGUCGUCAUGCGUCUAGCACGUUCGCUGGGCCUGAAGCCAAAUGCAUUCACCUACGCCGGCACCAAGGAUCGGCGUGGCGUUACCACCCAAGAGAUGCGCAUAUGGCAAUGCACGCCAGCGCGCCUCGAGAAAGCAGUUGAAAGAGCCUUUGGCCAAGUCGACGCGGACUCGGGAGCCCCGCAAAUUCGAGUCGGCGGUUUCCGCUGCACAAAGGAACCCCUGCGCUUAGGUCAACUCCAGGGGAAUUAUUUCCGACUGGUGUUGCGAUCGCUUGCCCCGAACGCGCUGGAAGAGGUCGACUCGGCGAUCGUAUCGCUCCGGGAGCACGGCUUUAUCAAUUACUAUGGUUUACAACGCUUUGGCUCCGGACGUGUGCCAACACAUCAUAUAGGUUUGGCGUUGUUGCGAGGCAAAUGGCGCGAAGCACUCGAUCUGAUCCUCACAGCAAGUCUCGUGGAGACACGCGAUGAGCAGCAGUCGCUUCGCGUGGGUUACGUGCGGCCCAUUUUGGAAGCGUAUUUACGAGAGCGAGACGCGGCACGAGCGCUGACUCAACUUGCAGCGCUACCGCGUGCUGUACAGCGCGGAUUGCAUCUGGAGAAACGCUUGUUGCAAGCCGAAUGCCAGUACGGAGCACGUGACUUGCCUGCCAUCUUCCACAGUUUGCCGAGAAAUUUACGCACCUUGUACCUGCACGCCGUUCAGAGCUACGUCUGGAAUGAAAUGGCUAGCGAACGCAUUCGGGCGUUUGGCGCAAAAGAGCUGCAUCCUGGUGACCUGGUCCUGGAGCCUGUCCCUGCAGGUGCACCCAGCGCCCAUACCAUCGCCGAUGCUGAUACCAUUGUCGAUGAUGAUCAUGAUCAUGAUGGUGAUGUUGAUGAUGAUGCGCCUUCCGCACCAGCCACAGAUACCGUAACUGAUCCAGAAUCUGCGGCACCAAGCUUGACGCAUGCGGACAAUGCAGGCACUGCGUCGAAAGCGACUGUUGACGCGACGACCUCGGGGUUCGCUCCAGUCAGUGUCCAUCCGGUCACCCAAGCGGACAUUGAUAGCCAACGCUACACCAUUUUCGAUUUGGUGGUUCCAGUGCCUGGUCUGCAGACCGAGGCAAUAUCGUGCCCGGCGGCAGCGCGAGCAUAUCGGCGCUUCGUGGAGACCUACGGAGUUUCCCUGAUGGGCACCGACGCGCCCGCCUUGUGUAAGCAGUAUACCAUGCGUGGUACAUAUCGCCGCGUGCUGGUUCGCCCUGAACGCCUAACAUACCGCUUUGUUCGACACGAAUCGCCCAGGGAGCCAUUGCUAGACACUGAUCUUAGCGGGCUGCCUGCUCGUGAUGCUCAGUCUAUCAUGAAUGUCAAUGACGCACCUGUUGAGUCCAGGUUCCUAUCAUGUGUUCUUUGUUUCCAGUUGCCAGCGUCGAGCUAUGCUACGAUGCUCUUGCGAGAGUUGACAAAGAAUCAGACCGACCGAACAACACAGACACGAUUCAUGGAAGAACAGGCGGCAGAUCACGCUGACACCGCAGCAGCGACAACAACAAGCGUCGAAGCAGGAGCUCCGAGUCUGCACUCGUAA